CAGGGCGAGGAUAAAGCAAGAUGGCGUCUGACGGUGAAGACGUUAUUGCAGUCGUCACAGUUCAGUGUUCUUAAUCUGUGCGUCCAUGUACACAUAUAUGUCCUUUAUUACACUCUAUUAAAUAGAGUAAUACUAACUGUUUGUAUAUUAGUCUGAGCGCACUUUGAUGCUUCUCCAGCUAGCUUAGCUUGCUAGUUAGUUUAGCUUGUUAGCUGCUAACAAAAAGAGGCGGAAGUGAUGAAAACACAUCGCUAAGCAGAGAUCAAGUGUGAGUGUAAAGUGUUGUGAUUGUGUGAAAAUGUGCGAAAGAACCAUAGCAGAGUACGAGGAGGAACUUUGUCCAACAAAAGAGGAGAAGGAGCGACAACAUGAAAAACAUCAAGUUGUGUUACACACAACAGACAUCCAUCAGCUGAUUGGACACCAAGAAGAAUAUCUCCCUCAUCUGCAGGGGGACAGUUUCACUUCAGAGGAUCCACAGCCCUCACACAUGAAAGAGGAAGAGGAGGGAGAGUGUGUUGUAGGGCAGGAGGAGGAUGAUGUCAGCAAGUUUCCACUGACUGUUGUCUCUGUGAAGACUGAAGAGCAUGAAGACAAAGCACCUGAGUCCUCACAGCUUCAUCACAGUCCAAACGUUCAACAGCCCCUUCACAUUAAAGAGGAAGAGGAUGAUCCACAGCUCACCCACAUGAAAGAGGAAGAGGAGGAUCCACACAUGAAAGAGGACGAGGAGGGAGAGUGUGUUGUAGGGCAGGAGGAGGAUGAUGUCAGCAAGUUUCCACUGACUGUUGUCUCUGUGAAGACUGAAGAGCAUGAAGACAAAGCACCUGAGUCCUCACAGCUUCAUCACAGUUCAAACGUCCAGCGGGUGUCAGCGGGGAGUCAUGAAGAGGAGUGGCACACCAGUGUGGGACAGAAGGAGCUACAGGCCCCCUCCCACAUUAAAGAGGAGCAGCUUCAUGAUGAAGAUGAAGCUCAGUCCUUACAGCUUCAUCACUGUCAAAGUGAGGAGAACAGAGGGGCGGAGCUUGUAAGUCAACACAUCACAGAAGCUGAUGGAGAGCAUUGUGAAGAUAUCAAGUCAGAACCAGACAGCAUCUUUGCUCCACGGUCAGACAUGGACCACAUGAUGUCACACUCUUCUGAUCACAGUGACCACAUCCAAAAACCUUUGGAGAGUAAGAAUGACUCUAAAGGUGAUACGAGACAUCACACUAACAACAAACACUUUGACUGCUCUGAAUGUGGGAAAUCAUUUAAAUGGAAGAGUAAUUUUACAAGACACGUGAGAACACAUACCGGUACUGGAGAGAAACCUUUUACUUGCUCUGUUUGUAAGAAGAGUUUCUCCACAAAGCAAAUCAUGACCACACACAUGAGAACACACAAUGGAGAGAAACAUUUUACUUGCUCUGUUUGUGGGAAGAGUUUUUUCCAAAAUUGUAACAUGACCAGACACAUGAGAACACACACUGGAGAGAAACCUUUUACUUGCUCUUUUUGUGCUAAAAGAUUCAACACUAAGAAAGACAUGACCACACACAUGAGAAUACACACUGGAGAGAAACCUUUUACUUGCUCUGUUUGUGCUAAAAGAUUCAACACUAAGAAAGACAUGACCAGACACAUGAGAACACACACUGGAGAUAAACCUUUUGCUUGCUCAGCUUGUGCUAAAAGAUUCAACACUAAGAAUAACAUGAUAUCACACAUGAGAACACACACAGGUGAGAAAACUUUUACUUGCUCUGCUUGUAAGAAGAGUUUCUCCAGCAAGCAUCACAUGGCCACACACAUGAGAACACACACUGGAGGGAAACCUUUUAGUUGCACUGCGUGUGUUUAAAGGUUCAGGUAUAAGUAUCAGGUCAGUAGACACAAGUGUGUAACAGUCAUGGAAGCUGCAGGGAUGUAAAAACACUUAAUUAGUGAUUGUGCUAAAUGUAGUUUAAAAACACAGCAUGUUUAAUAUGAAUGUAUAUUUGAUGUUGUAUGUAGUGCUUCUCAUCUUCUAGUCUUAUAUGUUGUCCUGUACUUACUUUUUAAGUUGUGUGCAUGUAUUGAGUAUUAUAUAUGUAGCUACUGUUAAGUUCCACUCUUCUACUCCAAAAAGGAUAACUAACGAUUUCCAAUUGAUCAACUUUUUAUUUUUCAAUUUGAAGCAUUGUUGGUUUAAUUUCAGUUGAUCUUCAAAAUCAUCAGUAGGUUGUAAACCUUUAAACCACAAAAACAGAGAUGCUAACAAUGUGAUUACACAGCUAUUUUCAAACAAUGUUUUACAAAUGCUUUUAAAUUGCUGAAUAAUGUUUUAAACUUUAAAGGGGAACAUUAUCACCAGACUUAUGUAAGCGUCAAUAUAUACCUUGAUGUUGCAGAAAAAAGACCAUAUAUUUUUUUAACCGAUUUCCGAACUCUAAAUGGGUGAAUUUUGGCGAAUUAAACGCCUUUCUGUUAUUCGCUCUCGGAGCGAUGACGUCACAACGUGGCGUCACAUCGGGAAGCAAUCCGCCAUUUUCUCAAACACCGAGUCAAAUCAGCUCUGUUAUUUUCCGUUUUGUCGACUGUUUUCCGUACCUUGGAGACAUCAUGCCUCGUCGGUGUGUUGUCGGAGGGUGUAACAACACGAACAGGGACGGAUUCAAGUUGCACCAGUGGCCCAAAGAUGCCAAAGUGGCAAGAAAUUGGACGUUUGUUCCGCACACUUUACCGACAAAAGCUAUGCUACAACAGAGAUGGCAAGAAUGUGUGGAUAUCCUGCGACACUCAAAGCAGAUGCAUUUCCAACUGGACUGGACAGAUCAGCUUUCAGGAAAAGAGAGCGGAUGAGGGUAUGUCUACAGAAUAUAUUAAUUGAUGAAAACUGGGCUGUCUGCACUCUCAAAGUGCAUGUUGUUGCCA